CCCGCGUUUUCCCUUGGCCCCGACUCCCGUCCUCUAGGAGUCGCUCUCCGGGGCUUUGUGAGGUACCCCGAGUCCUUCCGUCCCUUCGGAGGCGGACGCGGAGGAACAGGCUCACAUCUCCCCGUUGGAAAGCUGCUAGCAACACGAUGAGUCUGCAGUGGACUGCAGUCGCCACCUUCCUCUAUGCAGAGGUCUUCGCUGUGCUGCUUCUCUGCAUUCCCUUCAUUUCUCCCAAGAGAUGGCAGAAGAUUUUCAAGUCCCGCCUCGUGGAGUUGGUAGUGACCUAUGGCAACACCUUCUUUGUGGUUCUCAUUGUCAUCCUUGUGCUGCUGGUCAUUGAUGCUGUUCGCGAGAUUCGAAAGUAUGACGACGUGACGGAGAAGGUGAACCUCCAGAACAACCCCGGGGCUGUGGAACACUUCCACAUGAAGCUUUUCCGUGCCCAGAGGAACCUCUACAUUGCUGGCUUUUCCUUGCUGCUGUCCUUCCUGCUUAGACGCCUGGUGACUCUUAUCUCCCAGCAGGCCACGCUGCUGGCCUCCAAUGAAGCCUUUAAAAAGCAGGCAGAGAGUGCUAGUGAAGCGGCCAAGAAGUACAUGGAAGAGAAUGACCAGCUAAAGAAGGAAGCUGCUGGUGGAGUCAAGUUGGAUGGCAAGGAUGCUGAAGUGAAGGUGGAGGAAGAGAACAGGAGCCUGAAGGCUGAUCUGCAGAGUCUGAAGGACGAGCUGGCUGUCAACAAGCAAAAACUGGAGAAAGCUGAAAAUGAGGCUCUGGCCAUGCGGAAGCAGUCUGAGGGCCUGACCAAGGAGUACGACCGCCUGUUGGAGGAGCACGCGAAGUUGCAGGCGGCGGUAGAUGGCCCCACGGACAAGAAGGAGGAGUGAGGGCCCCUGCUCCCCGCCCGUGGCUGGCUGCUUCCCGGGAGCCCGGCCUCCCUCGGUACUUCGGCUCGCUCCCUUCCGCUUCCGUUCCCUCACGCUGCUUGCAGUUCCACGCUCUCCCAGCAUUCUGUAGGGGACUCAGUUCCCACCCAGGAUGAGUAAGGCUGCGGCAGGUCUUGCUUCCCGCUGGGUUAAGCCCCUUCAUGUUGCGCGUUGAUGCUCGGAGCUCCAAGACCCCUUUUCUCUGGUCCUGCAGGAGGGCAGGUGGAGCAGGAAGAGUAGAGUUUCUCUUGGGGCAAUAAACGUUGUUGUGUUGUGUC